CCCCCAGUAAGCAAAGUUGGUCAGUGUGUGGCUGUGACGUGAAGUGGACUGGUCGACGACUCGGAUACUUGAACACUUUCUACUGCUACAUGCAUAGUGAACAUUUCUGUUGCUUUACCUUAUCACAUUCAUAAGUGUACGGAAACCACGACCGUGUAAAUUCUCGUUUAGUGAACGACGUGGUUCUCGGUUAAGUAUUGCAAUGGAUUCUCCCACGGCCAGCGUGUUUAGCUUACCUGAGCUCAGAGAUGUAUUUCCUGGGUGCACCAAUUAUGAGGAACUGUACAAUUUCAGCAUCAACGAGACGGACGUGUUUUGGGGCACGCUUGCCCGCUUGCGCCUGCGUUGGAGCCGUAAUUUCGAACGUGUCUCGGAUUGCGAUAUGGAGACGGGCUUAUUUCGAUGGUUCAUUGGCGGCCAAUUGAAUGUUUCAGUCAAUUGUGUCGAUCGACACAAGGAAAAGGAUGCCAGCCGUGUGGCGCUUAUUUGGGAAAAGGACGAGCCGGGCCAGGAGGAACGCGUCACCUACGGUGAGUUGUACACGAUGAUGAACCAAGUGGCCAAUGUCCUUAAAUCCCGUGGCGUGGUCAAGGGUGACCGCGUAGCAAUCUACAUGCCAGCCUGUCCACUCGCCGUUGCCUCCAUGUUAGCCUGUGCUCGCAUUGGUGCCAUCCACUCGGUCGUUUUCGCCGGAUUCAGUGCGGAAGCGUUGGCGAGUCGCAUCAUUGAUGCUGAAGCCAAAGUAGUUAUUACUGCUGACCAAGGAGUCCGUGGUGGCAAACUGAUUGAGUUGAAGAAGACUGUCGUAGCGGCUGUGGCCAAUUGCCCGAGCGUCACAGCUAUCUUGGUGGGCAAGAGGACGGGUAAUCCCGUCAUUUCAUCUCCUCUUGACGUCGAUCUCGACGAGGCCAUGAUAAAAGAGAGCGGCGAGUGUGAACCUGCCGUACUUGACAGUGAAGAUUUGCUUUUCAUGCUAUACACGUCUGGCAGCACAGGGAAUCCUAAAGGAGUCGCACAUACACAAGCUGGCUACCUCCUUUAUGCCUCAUUGACUCAUGAAUUAGUAUUCGACUGUAACGAAGGUGACAUCUUUGGCUGCGUGGCGGACAUUGGAUGGAUUACGGGCCAUUCCUAUGUCGUGUAUGGGCCUUUAGCUAACGGGGUCACCACCGUUUUAUUCGAGAGCACACCAACCUACCCCGAUCCAGGUCGAUACUGGGAAACUGUUCAACGAUUAAAAAUCAAUCAAUUUUACACCGCACCGACGGCUAUUCGACUGCUGAUCAAGCAUGGCAAUGAACACGUAGAAAAGCAUGAUCUUAGCUCACUGCGAACUCUCGGCUCAGUGGGUGAACCGAUCAACGUAGAAGCUUGGCACUGGUACAACAAGGUAGUAGGCAAGGAGAAAUGCGUCGUAGUGGAUACAUGGUGGCAAACGGAGACUGGCGGAAUUUGUAUAAGCCCGAGACCUUCAGGUCCUGGCGCUGAAAUUCGUCCUGGCAUGCCCAUGCGACCAAUGUAUGGAAUUUCACCUGCUAUUCUCAGCGAAAAAGGCGAGGAACUGCAAGGUAAUGACGUUACGGGGGCCUUGUGUUUGAAAAAACCAUGGCCAGGCAUGGCCCGGACCAUCUACGGCACGCACGGCCGCUUCCUGGAUACAUACUAUAGGCCUUUUCGUGGAUUCUAUUUCACCGGUGACGGUGCCAUCCGACACAGCGACGGUUACUACCAAAUAACAGGCCGGAUGGAUGAUGUCAUCAAUGUUAGCGGCCAUCGACUCGGCACUGCAGAAGUGGAAAACGCUCUGGGCCAACAUCCGUCUGUAGCAGAGUCUGCCGUUGUCGGCUACCCACACGAUAUCAAGGGCGAAGGCAUUUACGCGUAUGUGAUACUUAAGGAUGGCUUCGUCGCUGAUACCAAAACAGAAUCUGAACUAAGAGGAAUUGUCAAGCAGAAAAUUGCCGCCUAUGCCCUUCCGGAUGUAAUACAAAUCUGUACAGGUUUACCCAAGACACGAUCGGGCAAGAUUAUGCGACGCAUUUUACGCAAAGUGGCUGCGGAUCAAGCAGAAGAUUUGGGAGAUAUCUCAACAUUGGCCGACCCCUCUGUUGUCGAGGAUCUUAUUGCCCAUCAUCGAACUCUGAUCGCCCAAGGAAAAUAGGAUAAUUGACCAUUCGCGAUCCCAGCUGAAGCACUAACCUUUAAUGUGACCCACUCACCUGACCCAUCCGCUAAUCAUCUUCUGCCGGAAUUCUAUAAAUCACGUGACUGUUGCACUCUUUUUCUCUCUUGCGUCACCUCUUACGGCCUUCUGUUGUUUUUAAAUUUGAAAAAUCAAAACAAAACGGCUUAAUCUUUGAAUGUUAAUUAACAUGUUAAUAGAAACUGCAACUAAUCCGAUCCAUCUAAAAAAAAAGAACAAAACGAUGACAUUGGAUUGCGAUUUCUCUCUUUCUAUUAGUUUUGCAAUAGUUGUAUGUUGACACCAUGAAUCACGUAACGGCAUUCCAAUCCCCCUCAUAAGACGUAGAUAGGGUACAUUGUUUCUUUUGCACACUUAACGCACACCUAACUUAGGAUUAGUAAGAAAAACACACAUUCCGCCCAUGUUUUUGAAUUGCGUGUUAACUCUUUUUUAAACUGAUUACCAUCUGAACGGCUUGGCUACCUUAUUUUUUUUCCACUCCUUUUCGCAUAUCACAUAUGCAUUCUAAUCUAACACGGUGUGCUGUUGUAACAUUAAUUUUUUCCAUGUGUGUGUGUGUGUGUGUCUAGGUUCAUCCAUUAAUAAUAAAAUAACAAAGAUGG